GCGAUAGGCCGCAGCAACAGCCCACAAAGACGUACAGACAGGCUGGACACACGAACAGGCCGAGCUAGAGACAGACGGACCGAUGGGCAGUGUGCGGUACAGGAAGCUCGGAAGACGCACAGACAGUUUGGCUAUAAUUAUGAUGAUGGUGAUGAUGAUGAUGAUGAUGGUAGUGGCAGUGGUAGGGAGGAUGAUGAUGGUGACGAUGAAAGUGAUAAUGGGGAUGAUGAUGAUGAUGAUGAUGAUGGUAGUGGCAGUGGUAGGGAGGAUGAUGAUGGUGACGAUGAAGGUGAUAAUGGUGAUGAUGAUGAUGAUGAUGAUGAUGAUGAUGGUAGUGGCAGUGGUAGGGAGGAUGAUGAUGGUGACGAUGAAAGUGAUAAUGGUGAUGAUGAUGAUGAUGAUGAUGCUGAUGGUAGUGUCAGUGGUAGGGAGGAUGAUGAUGGUGACGAUGAAAGUGAUAAUGGUGAUGAUGAUGAUGAGGAUGAUGAUGAUGGUAGUGGCAGUGCGCAAGGCGGUUUCGACGCGCAACCCGUCGACAAAACAAGCGAAUAA